UUUAAAUCUACUUUAUUUUUUUUAGGAAUAAGGCCAAUAGGCUUUGAAGGCAUCGAUUCUAAGUUAUUUUUUUUUUUUUGCGCGCACACAAAUAAGCUUGACCCAACUGUUGUGUUUGUUUAACAAAAUUCCUUUUUUGUUUUCCAAACAUGCAAAGCAGUUUGCCCGCAAUAAGCAAUUACUUAGUGUAAUACCGUAACAAAUAAUAUAAAUAUGUACACCAUACAUACAUACGAAAUACCAUACGCCAAAUAGUAGUAAAUAAUUUGUGGUCGAGUUCAAGUACAAUCGCGCACAAUGUCACUUAUUAGCCGGAUAGCUUCAUGUGUGAGUAGAAGCAAGCACUCACUUGACUUACUUAUAACAACAAAUAAACAAGGAAGAUUCAGACAGAAAAUGACAUGCAAACUAAACACUAACAGCGUACACUCAGCUGCCAUAACGGAAGUGCAUCAGGUGCCAAUGAGUGUCAUACAUAGACCGAUUCCUCCAGUAUUGGAUGAAGGAAAGGUUCAAUCACUUAUGAAUACCAUAAAGAAUGAGUCAAGCGAAGACGAUGUACCCCCAAUAGAUGUACUAUGGAUUAAGGGUUCUGAAGGUGGUGAUUAUUUUUAUAGCUUUGGUGGCUGCCAUCGGUACGAGGCAUAUAAGCGGCUGAAGCGUGAUACUAUUAAGGCUAAAUUAGUGCACUCUACGCUGAAAGAUUUAUAUCAUUAUAUGGGUUCAAGUACUCCCAAAGAUCUUAAAUAAAUAAUCGAGAAUAGUUAUUUGUAAAAGGCUUAGUAAAACGUAUGUAUUUACAUACAUAUGUAUAUAUGUAUGUAGGUUGGAUUGUAUACAAAUAUUUAAUAAACCAAAAAAAUCCUUA